GGGGUGGGCAAUCUGUGCGUGUACACGGGGGUCCCACCAGGCUGAGCAACCCGAGCACCUCUCCCGGGGCAUCCAUCCCUGAGCUUCCAUCUAGCUGUGCUGGUGCACUGCUGGUGCACAGCCCCACAACCUGACAUGGAGACACGGGCGGAGAAGGGUGAGGAGGGCGACGGCGCGCGCAUCACGGCUCAGCUGCUGAAGGCCAGCACCGGGGAGUUUGCUCUGGAGUCCAUCCUGCUGCUGAAGCUGCGCAGCCGCGGCAUCGCCGACCUGGGCUGCCUGGGCGACUGCACCAACCUGGAGUGGCUCGACCUCUCCGGCAACGCCAUCUCGCAGCUGGGCCCGCUGGCCGGCCUCAAAGCGUUGGCCGUCCUCAACCUCUCGCGCAACCGCAUCUCCAGCCUGGAGCCGCUGGGCUCCUGCGAGAGCCUGCAGAGCCUCAACCUGGCGGGCAACCAGGUGAGCAGCCUGCAGCAGCUGCGCUGCCUGGCCGGCCUGCGGCGCUUGGAGAGCCUUCGGCUGCGCGACGCGCUGGGCCAGCUCAGCAACCCCGUCUGCGCCACCGCCGCCUACCGCGCCGCGCUGCCCGAGCUGCUGCCCGGCCUGCGGGACAUCGACGGCGAGCGCGUGUCGGGGCGAGGCAGCGAGCUCUUCCAGCUGUGCCGCGACCUCGACAGUUCGCUGGGACGCGGCCCCGGCCCCGCGCCGCCGCGCGCCGCUCAGCCCUGGGUGCAGGCGGGCUUCUGGGAGCCGCCGCCGCCGCGCCGCAGCUCCAUCGUGGAGGAGGCGUACCGGCAGUUCGGCGAGGCGCUGCGGGAGUGCCGCGAGUUGGGCCGGCGCGCCGAUGACACCAUUGCGCAGGCUGAGCGGGCGCUGAGCGGGCGCGCCGACCCUGGAUCCUACGUCUUCUGAGCGGCCCGAAGCCGACGAGGCGGCCGUCCCGCUCCGUUCCACGCCGUUCCCGCGUGUGCGGGACGGACCUGCGUGGGCUCCCAGCUCGGGGGC